GUUUUACAUAGCGAUAUUUUAGUUGGGUAUUUCCUUUGUGCGCCAUUUUAAUUUUUUCAGCCAAGCCGAUAGACAGGCAAGCAGAUACAAAGACCCAGUGCUUUUGUUUGUUUUCAAAGAAAAACUUGAGAAAAUGUCGGAAGAGAAAAAGGACGAGAUCAAGCCAGAAAGCAGUGAACACAUUAACUUGAAAGUCACAGGCCAGGAUGGCAGUGUAGUACAUUUUAAGAUAAAGAAGAACACGCCUUUGAGGAAGUUGAUGUCUGCAUACUGUGACAGAGCUGGGUUAAAACUUGGUGUUGUGAGGUUUAGGUUUGAUGGAAAUCCCAUAAAUGAAACAGACACACCUUCAGGGUUGGAUAUGGAAGAUGGCGACAGUAUAGAUGUAUUCCAACAGCAAACGGGAGGCUUAUUGUGAGAUAAACACAAAACAAACAAUGUAGUGUGAGUGAUUAAAGAAAAGUGGAGACAAAAAAAAUGAUGGUGCCUGAUCUUCAUAUUUCAUCUCAUCUUGUUUAUAAUUCAUCAUGUUCUUCAUUGGCACCAGUGUGACUGAUGGCUACUGCAAAGAAAGCACCUCCAGCAAUCAUGGAAUGUCCACUCUCAGUGUGGCCAGCUUGAUUUGUUUUUAUGUUCUGUAUAUAGUUUAUAGACAUUUUGGUUAAAAAAAACAACAUACUGAUAAAAACUAUAGAGACUUGAUUAUUAUACUAAAUUUGAUGGGCUCCUUGGGAACUUCGGAGUGACUGUCCAAUGCUUGUAUUAUGUGAAUUUAUGUUUACCUCAUUAUUAUUUAGAACAUUGAAACCCAUCUACUACUAAACUCUGAAUCAAGUUGAAUUGCCCAUCUAGUCUUAUUAAUCAAGAUUUUGUAUCUUAAUUCUGUUUUGACAAAGAUCAUCUAUCCCAAUGUUCCCAGUGAGUGAUUUUAAUGUUUUAAUGCUUGUUUUCCUAUAGUAUAUAUCUGGUGUCUAUGUUUUAACUCUUGUACUUUAGUAAAGCUAUUGAAAUAUUUCCCGAGUCCUGUCUGACUAUGAAUUUUAAGAGUGUUAUAAGAAUAUCUCUGAACAUUAUAGAAACACAGGGGCCAGAAACGGAGACAAAAUCAGAGAGCAGUCGAUGUGAUGGUUGUUAUUUUAUUCAUUAACAUGAUUGUUUGCAAUAUGUUGUAAAAAAACAGUGUAAUUCAUUUCUCACAUUUGUCAGUAAAAGUAUACAAGUUUUUAAA